AUGAUUCAUGAACGUGUCAUACAAGUCUGUGAGAUGUUUGGUGCUACCAUUAUGUACAUUGUACUUCUUGCUACUAUAUUUAGUGACUUAUUCAAGAACAUCACCCCCCUGAACAUAUCUCACUGGGCAGUCAUUUGUACGUAUGUUGCUCUACCUUUGGCCUUUGUCAGGAGGGUGUCAAUCAUUGCCUGGUUCAGUAUGGUGUCUGUGUUUGCGCUYGUGGSAGGKAUYUUGACGAUGAUUAUCUGCUGUGUCACGCAAUACAAGUUGAUGUCCAUUGAUAAGAUUCCACCAUUCAGUUUUAAAGACUUUCCAGUUGGCUUUGGUAUUAUUGUGUUUAGUUACACAGCACAUGCUGUCUUCCCUGGUAUUGAAUCGAGCAUGAAGGAACCCCACAAAUAUCCAUUAAUGAUGAAUGGGUCUUUCACUUUUGCUGCUGUUAUCAAAGUCCUUCUUGGUCUACUUGCAGUGUUGGUUUUUGGUACCAAGACAAAUCAAGUUAUUACCGUCAACAUGAAGACUAGCUUUGUUUUCAAUAUCUUAGCCAAUUUGUUUGUCAUUAGUAAUGUGUUUCUCAUCUUUCCCAUCAAUCUUUACGUAACCCUCGAAACUGUCGACGCCAAAUUUCUAGGGUUUUUCCCUAACCUGGGUCCUGGAAGAAAAUUCCACUGGGUGUGGCUCAUCAUAACCAGAACUCUGGUUAUGACUCUUGCUUUGUUCUUUGUUAUUUUGGUUCCUCACUUUGCUCUGGUAAUGAGUUUUGUAGGGAGUUUUACWGGAACUUGUUUGUGCUUUUUGUUUCCAUGUUAUUUCCAUAUGAAGUUGAAGUGGAAUGAGUUGCAGUGGUAUGAUAUUGCUGUGAGAUGGUUUGUAAUUGUGUUUGGUUUUGUUAGUGGUGGUCUUGGGGUGUUCUUUUCUGGAAAACGUUUGCUGGAAGUUCGAGGGUAGUUGGUAGGGGAAUUUGUAAAUCAAUUUUUUAUCGAUUAUACUUUAUUUGCAUGUUUUUUUAAUAAAACGAGGUGAAUGCU